AUGGGCAACAAACCAUCCAGUAAAGUUGAUCCUAAAAUUCUUUCACCAAAAGCUAUUCAAAUGCUUAAGGCAAAUACAAAUUUUACUGAAGAACAAAUUCGCGAAUGGCAUGUUGGCUUCUUACGUGAUUGUCCAAGUGGUAAAUUAUCCAAAGAUCGAUUCAUUGCAGUUUAUGAACAAUUUUAUCCAAGUGGUAAAGCAAAAGAUUUUUGUAAAUAUGCUUUUUCUACAUUUGAUCGUGACAACAAUGGAACAAUCGAUUUUACUGAAUUUAUGCUUGCUAUUGCAUUGACACAAUCGGGCGAUCUUGAUGAACGUCUUGCUCUAGCAUUUGAUAUGUAUGAUUUUAACAAUUCGGGUUUAAUUGAUACUAAUGAAAUGACAAAAGUGAUUUCUGCUAUGUAUGAUCUUAUUGGCGAAAAAGAUCGUAAAGGUGAGCGUGAUCCAAAACAGCGUGCCGAAGAAAUCAUUCGCAUUUGUGAUGUUACUGGAAAUAAAAAAUUAAGCAAACAAGAAUUCAUUGCUGGAUGCAAGAAUGAUCCAAUUAUACGUCGUUUACUUGUUCCUAAUGCCUAA